ACAUCAAUGGAGUUGACAGUGCUGUACUCAUUCUACCUCCAGCAGCAGUCACACGAGUUUGUGAGCUCCUACAAGCACAGAAAUGGCAACGACAACUUUCGAUAAGCAGAAGACUAUCGAUCUCAGACGGAAACAUGUAGGUCCAUCCUGCAAAGUGUUCUUCAGUCAUGACCCUAUCAAGAUUGUGCGAGCAAGGGGCCAGUACAUGUACAACGAAAAAGAUGAGAAAUACCUGGAUUGCAUAAACAACGUAGCACAUGUGGGUCAUUGCCACCCAGAUGUGGUUGAGGCAGGAACAAAGCAAAUGGAGCUUCUCAACACCAACUCUCGCUUCCUACAUGACAAUCUGGUCUUGUAUGCUCAGCGUCUCCAAGCCACCCUUCCUGAAAAGCUCUCUGUGUGCUACUUUGUCAACUCAGGGUCCGAGGCAAAUGAUCUGGCCCUGAGGUUGGCCUGGCAGUAUACCGGCAGCAAAGACAUCAUCACACUGGAGAAUGCCUACCAUGGUCAUGUGUCAUCGCUCAUUGAUAUCAGUCCAUAUAAGUUUCAUCAGAUGACUGGUGCAGAGACGAGCCAGCAUGUGCAUGUGGCUCUCAGUCCAGACAUUUAUAGAGGCAAAUACCGUGAGGACCACCCAGACCCUGCCACUGCCUAUGCUGAAAAUGUCAAAGACGUAAUCGAACAGGCCCAUGAAAAGGGACAUAAGAUUGCCGCUUUUAUCGCUGAGUCCCUGCAGAGUUGCGGAGGGCAGGUCAUUCCUCCAGUGGGCUACUUCCAGAAAGUGGCACAGCAUGUGAGAAAUGCAGGAGGCAUUUUCAUUGCUGAUGAGGUCCAGGUGGGCUUUGGCAGGGUGGGCACCCACUUUUGGGCCUUCCAGCUACAGGGAGAAGAUUUUGUACCAGAUAUUGUUACAAUGGGCAAACCUAUUGGAAAUGGUCAUCCAAUGUCAUGUGUGAUUACCACUAGAGAGGUUGCUGAAAGCUUCAUGUCAUCUGGAAUGGAGUACUUCAACACAUUUGGCGGUAACCCAGUAUCAUGUGCUAUUGGAUUGGCGGUGCUAGAUGUAAUUGAGAAGGAAGAUCUCCAAGGCAAUGCCCUGCAUGUCGGAGGUUACCUGACUCAGCUUUUGGAUGAUCUGAAGAAAAGACACCCCUUAGUGGGUGACGUGAGGGGCCGUGGCCUGUUUGUUGGUUUGGAGCUGGUAAGAAACCGGGAUAAGAGAACACCGGCCACAGCUGAAGCUCAGGAUGUUAUUUACAGACUAAAAGAGCAGCGGAUUCUGCUCAGUGCUGAUGGCCCACACCGCAACGUUCUGAAGUUCAAGCCUCCUAUGUGCUUUACUAGAGAAGAUGCUGAACUUGCCGUGGAGAAGAUUGACCAAAUUCUGACAGACUUAGAAAGGGCUUUGGGCCUUCACAUGCAUGAGGCAGUAAUCUCUGAGAAUGGACACAGUAAGAGAAAGGUAAACUUGCAGGUUACCUGUAAGGAACCCAGUGAUGAAAAUGGCCUGGUUCAUGCUUCAAAUGACAGCAGCCACAAGCACGCCAGCACAAUACCUCACAGCAAAAACAACAACAAGAGACUAAGAACCUAAUGAAACAUCAGGGGAAACAACUGCUUUAAAUGACUUUUUAAUUAUGUCUGUAACAUUUUCCAUGUUUUAAUGGAUCUACAAUUACUCUGUAUGAAUAUGAAAUUGCCAUAUAUUUUAGUGGUGCCAUUCAGAACUGUAAAAUAUUACCUCUCAGUGAAAUAAAACUAUCCAAUACGAUAAUGAUGUUAGAAUGAUAUUAGCUUUCACACACAGAAAGCUAUAAAGGACUAAAAAGGAACAAAAGAGUGAUAAGAAGCUGAUAAAUCAUUAUAUGUA